AUGGCGGAGGAGGAGGCGGUGGGGACCGGGCCUGGGGGCAGCCCCGAUCCUGGCACCGGUACCGGCAGCGGGUGGCGGCGGCCCCACGGGCCUCUCCAGCGUUACUACGGCCCUUCCGCGGCCGAGGCGGCGGAGGCGGCCCCGGACCCCGCCGACAUCAACGGGCCCAACUUCGACCCGGAAGUUUACCUUACUAAGGUGCGCAGCGAGUGCCCCCUGGGACAGCUCUUGGCCCGUGAGGCCGCGCUGGGGAGGGAGAUCCGUGCCCUGGACAGCGACAUGCAGACCCUGCUCUAUGAGAACUACAACAAGUUCAUCUCUGCCACGGACACCAUCAGGAAGAUGAAGGUGGAUUUCCGGCGCAUGGAGGCCGAGAUGGACGACCUGGCUGCCAACAUGGCAGCCAUCAGCACCUCCAGUGCCCGCGUCAGCGCCGCGCUGCAGGAGGGGCACCGCCGGGGGGCACAGCUGGCUGGGGUGCAGGCCCUGCUGCGGAAGCUGCAGUCCCUGGUGGAGGUGCCGGGGCGGCUGCGGCGCUGGGCGGCCCCCGGGGGGGACCCGGGCCGGGCCCUGCGGUGCUACGGCCGAGCCCGUGCGGUGCUGCGGCACUACCGACACCUCCCCUCCUUCCGAGCCAUCGAGGACGAGAGCCAGCACAUCAUGGCUGACCUGGCCCAGCGCCUCCGCGCCCGCCUGCGGGACGACACCCUGGACCCCAAGGAGCUGACCGAGUGCGUGGAGAUGCUGCUGCAGCUGGAGGAGCCCCCGGAGGAGCUGUGCCAGGAGUUCCUGUGCCACGCCGGUGCCCGCCUCGAGGCCGAGCUGGCGGCCCUGGAGACCGAGCUGCCCGCCCCGGCCGAGCCCUCGGGCGCCGCCGCCACCCCCCCGCCCCCCGCCUCCGACAUCCUCGACUUCGUGGACCGCGGCAGCUCGUCCUUCGUGGGCACGCUCUGCCUGCUGGCCUCCUCCUACCGCAGCCUCUUCGCCGGCCGGGCCGGGGCUGGGGACGAGCGCCUGGCAGCCUUCUCCUGCGCCCUGACCGCUCGCUACUUCCAGCUGCUGGAGCGGCGGCUGGCGCUGGAGCGGGGCCUGGGGGACACCUCGCUGCUGGUGCGGGCGCUCGACCGCUUCCACCGCCGGCUCCGCGCCCUCCUGGAGCUGCUGCCGGGGGCGGGGGCCGAGGCGGGGGCGGCGCUGGUGGCGCGGGCGGCCCGGGAGCGAGUGGAGCGGUACCUGCGGGCCCUGCAGACCUUCUUCAUGGGCUGCCUGGGGGACGUCAGGCAGGCGCUGGCUGCCCCCCGGCCCCCUGGCAAGGAGGGCCCUGGGCUGCCCGACCUGCUGGCCACGCUGGCCUCCUCCGUCCUGGGCCAGCUCAAGGCUGUCCUGGCAUACGUGCAGCUCUUCACCGCCAGGGACGUCGCCUUUGCCAGCCUGCCCUACUUCAAGGGGGAGUUCUGCGUGGAGGCAGUGCGUGAGGGUUUGGUGGUCUCCUUCGUGCGCUGGCUCUGCCGCACUGCCCGGGGCUUUGCUGAUGGCCCCACUGAGCGGGGGGCCCCCGGCCCCCCGGCCCUGCUCCUGCUCCUCGCACGCCUCUGCCUGGACUACGAGGCCACCACCAUCAGCUACAUCCUCACCCUCACCGACGAGCAGUUCCCCCCCCAGGACACUGGCCUGGUGGUGACACCAGGCAGCUCGCUGUGCGCGGAGGCGCGGGGGGCGGCCCAGAGGCUGCUGGAUCACUACGUGCAGGUGCAAGGGGCAGCAGUGGCCCAGAUGCUGAGGAAGAGUGUGGAGACCCGGGACUGGCUGGGCACCGUCGAGCCCCGCAACGUCCGCGCCGUCAUGAAGCGUGUGGUGGAGGACAUCACGGCCAUCGACCUCCAGGUGGGGCAGCUCCUGGAGGAGGGUGUUCGGCGGGCGCAGAGCAGUGACUCCAGCCGCCGCGCCUUCUCCGUCUACAGCAGCUCCCGGGCCCCCGCGCGAUACGCCCCCAGCUACACCCCCAGUGCCCCCAUGGAUACCCACCUGCUCAGCAACAUUCAGAAGCUCUUCUCCGAACGCAUUGACAUCUUCAGUCCUGUCGAGUUCAACAAGGUGUCGGUGCUGACGGGGAUCAUCAAGAUCAGCCUGAAGACGCUGCUGGAGUGCGUGCGGCUGCGGACGCUGGGCCGGUUCGGGCUGCAGCAGGUGCAGGUGGAUGGGCACUACCUCCAGCUCUACCUCUGGCGCUUCGCUGCCGACGAGCGGGUGGUGCAGGGGCUGCUGGACGAGGUGGCAGCCAGUGCCACCCACCGCUGCCUCGACCCCGUCCCCAUGGAGCACAGCGUCGUCGAGCUCAUCUGCGAGCGGGGAUAGGGACCCGCGGGGACACAGGGGCGUGGGGUAGGGGGGUGUCUUAGGUCCUGUUGUGUGUCUAGGGACAGACCUGUGCCCCGUGAGUCUCCACGCACCGUGUGUCUCCCACAGGGACACCCCAUGUCCGCACAGGUGGCAGCAUGCAGGGACACCCCCUGUCCCCACACCACACAGGGCCACCCCGUGUCACUAACACUCUCCCCCUGCCCUGGCGAUGCCUCACGUUGUCCUCACGCCCCAGUGACACCCUCAGUAUGUGCUGACACCCUGUGUUGUCCCUGCAACGCCACGCCAUCCCCCCACCUUGGUGACAUCCCCUCAACCCCCUGGGCACGGCAUCUUUGUCACAGUUGGGGACAGUAAGUAAAGUAUGUGUGAGCUGUG